GGAGGGUAAGUUGAGCGCGCGGGGGACAAAGUGUCGGGGAUGUAUGGAGUCACGACGCACGACGCAGCGCUCUUCGUCAUGACCUGAAGUGAAUCACGAUGGGAUUGCUUUGGUGACGUUAUAUUUAGAUUAGAAGCAAUUAGGCAUGGCUCGUGCGUGACGCAUAUUUACCAGAAGCUGUAGCACAAAGCUGCGCACUGACACCACUUUUGUCUGCAGCCCAUUUCAUUUUAUUUGUAGUAUAAUUUUUCAUCCAAAGCUGACAUUUCACUGCUCCUGAAUAUUUUUGCGGAGUGAGGAGUGCGUGGUGCGCUGACUGAGUGCGCCUGUUAAAUCAAGUGUGUGCGGAUUUCUCUGGCAGGACCCUCCUUUCUUAUUCGUGCACCUGUGGACGCUUGCAGAAAAACACCGUGGACGCCUUUUGAUUUUGUUUUCCUUUUUACCGCACGCGUUUUAGUUUUAAGCGCUCUGCUGCAGCGUAAAACGUCUCCCGGAUGCGCGGCUGGAUUUCAGCACCACAUCAUCGUUGAACAGCACUGGGUAGAAGCGUGUGGAUGGGCUCUGUCGGUCUCCGUGUCUCCAGCAGCUCCUAAGUACCGGCCACAAUGGCAGCACAGGGUUUCUGGUCUCUUGGUGGAGAUAAUGCGGCGGCAAACACCGGGAAUCAGAGCCCCAGCACAACCAGGGCUUGGUGCCAAGCGGCGGCCCAGAAAUUAUCCGGAGGAAUUGGAUCUAAAUUAUGUGCUCUUCUCAAUGUCGGAGAAUUGGAAAAAGCCGCCGAGCCGGCCGCCAAGCAGCAGCCGGAGACAGAGGCUGCUGCCUGCGGCUGCAACAAAUCCUGCAACUGCACCAAAGCUUCUGUGGUCUUCUCCGACCUCUAUUCAACAGACCUGUUACCUGCCAUGGACAGUGACGCCAAAACAAUGACCUUCCUGCAGGAAGUUGUGGAUAUUUUACUGGCCUAUAUCGUGGAGUCUUUCGACCGGGAAACGAAGGUUAUUGAUUUCCAUUAUCCGAACGAGCUGCUCCAGAAGAACAACUGGGAGCUUCAGAGCGAGCCGGCCUCCCUGGAUGAGAUCUUGAUCAGCUGUCGCGCCACCCUCAAAUACGCCAUCAAAACAGCCCAUCCCAGGUACUUCAAUCAGCUCUCUACAGGAUUAGACAUGGUUGGGCUGGCAGCCGAUUGGCUAACAUCCACUGCCAACACCAAUAUGUUCACCUAUGAGGUGGCUCCUGUCUUUGUGCUGCUGGAAUACGUCACUCUGAAGAAGAUGAGGGACAUCAUUGGCUGGUCGGAUGGGCAGGGAGAUGGCAUUUUCUCUCCUGGUGGGGCUAUUUCUAACAUGUACGCUAUGCUGCUGGCUCGCUUCAAGAUGUUCCCUGAAGUGAAGGAGAAAGGAAUGUCAUCCGUUCCCAGACUGGCGGCCUUUACAUCCGAACAUAGUCAUUUUUCAAUCAAAAAAGGUGCAGCGGCUCUUGGCAUCGGGACGGAGAGUGUGAUCUGCAUUAAAGCAGAUGAAAGCGGUAAAAUGGUCCCAGCCGACCUUGAGAGGAGAAUACUGGAAGCCAAACAGAAGGGUUUUGUCCCUUUCUUUGUCAGUGCAACUGCUGGUACCACAGUGUACGGAGCCUUUGACCCUCUCAUCGCCAUUUCUGACAUCUGCAAAAAGUACAACGUGUGGAUGCAUGUGGAUGGUGCGUGGGGGGGAAGUCUGCUCAUGUCCAGGAGACACAGGUGGAAGCUGGAUGGAGUUGAGAGGGCCAACUCAGUGACAUGGAACCCACACAAGAUGAUGUCAGUCCCUCUGCAGUGCUCCGCCCUGCUGGUCCGAGAGGAGGGCCUGAUGCAAAGCUGCAACCAGAUGCACGCCGUCUACCUGUUCCAGCAGGACAAACACUACGACCUCUCCUACGACACCGGGGAUAAAGCGCUGCAGUGCGGACGCCACGUGGACAUCUUCAAGCUGUGGCUCAUGUGGAGAGCUAAGGGCACCAUUGGGUUUGAGGCUCAGAUUGAUAAGUGUUUGGAGUUGUCUGAGUACCUCUACAACAAGAUCAAAGACAGAGAAGGAUACGAGAUGGUCUUCAAUGGGAAGCCUCAGCACACCAACGUCUGCUUCUGGUACCUCCCUCCUGGGAUCCGUUACAUGGAGGACAAAGAGGAGAGGAAGAAACACUUGCACAAGGUUGCUCCGGUGAUAAAGGCCAGGAUGAUGGAGUACGGAACAACCAUGGUCAGCUACCAACCCCAAGGAGACAAGGUCAACUUUUUCCGCAUGGUGAUCUCAAAUCCCGCCGCUACCUUCGAGGACAUCGACUUUCUUAUUGAGGAGAUUGAGCGACUCGGCCAGGAUCUAUAAAAACUCAUCUCGCCAAAUCCUGCUGUACGUUUCCCCUUGACGGAUGAAUUGUUUGUCGUGAAUGUACUGGUAAACUUCUUCUUUUUCUUUCUCUUUCCUCCAAAGUCACAUAUUUAAGAGUAUAUUUGAGAAAAAAGAUCUACAGAUAUAUCUAUAUAUAAUGUAUUGUAGCUUUGCCGUGGACUAACUUGGUCCAAAGCUAUGUAAAAGUGCUUCUGUCUGCCUUUCCAAUAGUGUAAUAGAUCCAAGAGUAGUGUAAGUGAUGUAACUUUAUAUGUACUUUUUGUGAUAUGAAAUGCUUCUGCAAUAGGUCGAUGAGGAAGAGUGUUAUUUUUGAAUCAUUUCUCAUUUGCCAAGUAUGUUGUUAAGUGCCAAUCGUGGUUGUGUUCUAUUGUAACUUUACACUUUAAACUUCUUGUUUAAAACAAAAAAAGCACUUCACCUUACCUCAGCGUAAUCAACUGCCUUUACAUCUGCACAUCCAAAGCAGUAAUUUCCUCAUGACUGGUGGUGAUUAUCAGAACUAGCUCAUGUUAAAUGCAGUAAAUAAUCCAGCCAGAAUAAGUCAUUAUAGGGAUUUUGAAUCAGGUACAGAAGAAGGUAUUCCCCUUAAAAUCAAACAACUGCAAAGUCAAUUCAAAGCGUUUAUGAAGGUGUGACGUUCCAGCAUGCAUCACAUCGUCCUCUGAGUUUGUUCUGCAGGUUAUGAUGCAAAUUAACUUUUGCUGCUUAAUACACUUUCUACUUUUCUUUCACAUGCUUCUUUCUAGUGUAUUUAAGGUGAUAACCCAUUUUGUUUCACUUUCAUAUCAAAAUGGACUUCAUUUUUAACAUGGCUGUAUAUUUAACUGUGCUAAGUGUGCUUUACAUGUCGUUACGAUGAUCUAAAAUUAUAAUAAUCAACAUUUAAGAGGUAACAUGAAGAUAUAAUCCUUUGUUUCAAAGCCCAUUUUCCUCAUAUUCAAUGGCUACCAUUGAUUUAGCCAGCCAAAGUACCAAAUUAUAUUUGUGGAAUGUGUAUUUACCACUUCCAAAUACUCUGGGAUUUGGUUCAAAUUGCAAUUAUACAAAGUAUAUUGCCAAAGUGUUUAUGAUACAAGAAAUAAGUCAUGGUGGGUUAUUUUCUUGCAUUGUUAGGAAAGCAAUGCUGGAUUACCAAAUCGGAAAAGUGGACCACUGCCAAAGGGCACCAAAACCCUGAGUUCACUGCAUGUCAAAUUGCUUUCAAGCAUUUAAUUAUUUAAAAAAUCCUAAAUAUGUCACACAUAGCUACACUUAGCUUUAGCGUUAAAAGCGUUAGCUAUAUACCCCUUGCAAAUUGUUCCUAAUAAUUCUAUAACGUGCUCACAUAAUGCAUUUUCCUGUUAAAGUAUCUCAUUAUAUUGAAACCAUCUAGUAGGAAGUUGGUAUAUUCCAGCAAGUCAAAGUCAAAAGUCACUCAAAGUCAACUUUAAGUCAAAGUACUGGCUAAACUGGAUUUAAUUGGAAUUAUGAUCACAGGACCUGCGGUACCAACUGUGGCCACUAUCCCCUUGCACUCCACCAUUGCUCCUGGCUCUUUCAACACUGGCAUUAUAAAUGUUAAGAUGUGAAACCUUUCAUCUACAGUGGCGAAAUGAGAUAAGCUAUUUGUCCGUGGUGUUUUUGGAAGAACACUUAAAGAAAGAUCGAGGAUUUUGAGAAAACUGAGAACGGGCGAUAAUGAUAUUUUGUUUAAUUUAGGAACUUCACCAAUUCGCAGGUAAAGCAAACCUGACAUCACUUGCACUAAAUCAUUGGGGAAGGAGGAGCAUCCAUUAGCAUUGCAACUGAGAUGUCUUCUUUAUUGAUUCACAAGCAAUAUGCGAUGAUGGGUCCAAACUACAGUAUAUACUCUGCAAAAAAGAAAAUCACAUAAAAGGUCACAUAAAAGAUAAUCACAUUUGCUAUUAUUUAGCAAACACUUAAACAUGCUUAUUACUGUAGGCAGCUUAGUUAAUGGAGUGUGAAUCCUGAUUAAACAAGCAGAGGUUCUGUAGCAUUUUCAUUAGAACAAGGUAGAAAAGCACAAUUUGCUCAAUACGGUCGCUCAGUGUACAAUCAUUUUAUGAUCAUAGAUUGUAAAUAGUAUUUCAAGAUGUCCUAAGUACAUAUCUUUGUGUAUACAUAAGUGUAUAUAAGACAUAUAACCAGAGACUAUUUGUGAGGUAAAGGUAAUCUCCAAUAUAGAUAACCUGUAUUUUCAUCUUGUUUGUCCAAAAGGCUUUUUUCCUGUGUGUGUAUGUUUGUCUGAUACUUGACUUGGUUUGUGACUCUUCUAGCUAUUUCAAAGAGAACAUGUUUCAGGGACUGGCUUUAAAGAAAUUGACAGUAUUCACCUCGAAAUACUUCCGAGUCUUUGCUCAGAGACUCUGGUGUUUGGAUUUUAAAUGAAUAUGCAAAGCCAUUUUGACUCUGAAGCUCUGUGUUUUUUGUGCACAAGUGAAUACUUGACGGUAUGUGCCAAUGUGUACCUAAGUGUGUUUGUAACUGUGUUGCCUUAGUAUAAAUUUGCCAGUAUUGUCUAGUUUUCCUCCAAAAAGGGGAGGUUGUGCACUUUAGAGUAUACACAUGACCUGAUAACGUGCAAUGUCCAAUGGUUGUUCAUAAAUUGAUGUUAAAAAAAGUACUCAAAAAUGUAACUUAAGCUCUUUUUGUCUGAAUGUGACGGCGAUCAAGGGUCGGUUAUGAAAGCAUUACAUUUUUGGCAGGUUAUACAUAUUAUAAAAGCAUUUUGUUUGACCAUUUUAGUAGAGAUUAGCCUAAAGUUUAACUUAGUGUUGGAUAAUCUUUAUUCCCGAUCAAAUUGGCGUUAACACCAUGACACAGACAACCUCAGAUAUAUUGCAGCGACGUUUCGGAAAGCCAGACAUUUUCUUCUCUUGCUGCUGAAAGACUUGCUUCCUUUGCACGUGCAUGCGACGCCUUGCCUGUCCAGCUUGUUCGAUAUCUCCUAUAUCUCUUUCUAUAUUCAUAUAUAUAUACAUAUAUACAGUAUGUGUUGCUCCUGUAAUUAGCUUUAGUGUCCAAUGUAUAGCUUUAGCCUGUAGAAUAGUGCACUGUCGCUCUAGCCUUUACAUGUGAUCUGUGUUUUGAGCUUCCUGUAAAGUUUCUCUGUGCCGCCAGCAUGCUAACCUCGCCUAGCAUUGUACUCCUCUUCGCGCUUGAAACUAUCUCUAUCCUCUGUCUUUCUUCUUCUGCUUGAAGACUGUCGCAGCUCAGAACGUAGCGUAUUAUAUAUCUAUGUGUGUAGUCCCUCAGCAUGUCUCUGAAAGCUUUUCUCUGCUCUGCACCUGUACGUACUUUUCUCUCUUCUCUUUCGCUUUGCCCUCUGGUGGCAGUAACAAUGUAACCUCUUCGCUUUCUUCCAAUGUUUCUCGGCUGCCCGCUGUCGCCCUCUGUCCGCGUGUCUGAGAGCGUGUCGUGUCAUGGUGUCAUCAGGCCACUGUCUUCUGAUUUCAUUUUACCCAGACCUUUGACUCUAUGAGAUGUAUGAGAAACUGAAUAAAUAGGAUUGAGACUUGAUUGUCCAAAAAACUUGUCCAAAACAAGUGUUUUUAGCCUUUAACACAAUAUAUAGAAAAUAUCCCUGCUUUCUUGCUCAUAGGAAAUAUUGUUUGUUAAUGAGAACAAUUACAAUCCCCUAGUACUCAGAGUGCAGUCCACUUUCAUCAAAUAUGGUACGAUUUUGAAUCAUACAUUCUGCAAACUGCUCUGCUAGCUUCUCUCAAACAUUUUGUCCUGAACUAUAUGUUACUAUUGGGAAAAUAGAAAUAAAUAUUGUCAAAACAAA